AUGAUACCCGACCUCGGUACUAAGGCGGCUAGGGCUACCGCUUUGAAGAAGGCAGAGUUGAAGAGGGCUGCUGCCAGAGAAAGCAAGUAUUCUAAACACAAUGCUAGCAAAAUAAACGAGAGUUGGAUAAGAAUUAUGAGGUCGUAUAAAACUCAACAACUUCGACGUGAUAUCGGCGUCAUAUCGUACAACCAUGAACGAGAUGUUGAUAGGAAGGAUGCGGUCAUGCAGAUGCUUGAUCGUGACUUGGAUGAGGCGGAGGAGCAGCAUCAGAUCGCGGUAAGGUCUGUCUUCGCCGAUAUGGACACGCUGAUAGAAAUAUUCAAGAGGAAACUGCGAGCUGAGGACGAUAAGUUCCAGCGACAGCUUCGUUUGAUGAAGGAAGAAUUCGAUGUUGAGCGCCGCCGAUUAGUAGACCAGCACAAGAGCGAUGUCGCCGAGCUCANNNNUGAGGCGAACACUGCGGACUAUAAGAACUACCUCGAGAGGGACCGUGCGCUGUCGACGCAAGUGGGACAGAAGUUGCGUCAGGUUGCCCGUCUGCAGAAGGACAUAGCCGAUGUUCGCCAGAAAAUCGAUCAGAAUCGUACUGAAUGGGAAGGCCGCAAUACUCGUCUCCGAGAAGAGCGGGAACACGUCCGAAAGCAUCUAGCUGAGCUUAAGAAGAUCAUGCAUGCAGCGAGAGCUGAGGAGCACACUAGGAUGUUGGAUUUGGUGGAGAAUGCAGACGACUGUAAAAAGCAGCUAAAGAAGCAGCUUAGUUGUGAGGAAAGAAUUUUAAAGUUGGCCGAGCUCUGUCGGAAAUACGAGACUGAACGAGAAAAGGUUUUGCCGUUUUAUUCCAAUGCUGAUGUCGAUCUGGAUGAGCUCAACUUCGAGGAUGAGGAACACCGUGAGGAGAUUCGGGACGUAUUAAAACAACAACAAAGUAGUUCUGCUGCUGGCUGUGACGAGAGCACCUACCUCGAUACGUUCUUUAAGAAGUAUAAUAAGAUUCGCCUGGAUACCCUUGCUAUAGAGCGCGAACAGAAACGUCUGGAAAUGGAGAACAGACAGCUGCGGGAUGUACUCGACCAGUUCGUUGAUGGUAGUACUACUUGGGAGGUCUCGAGUCAUGUUGAGAGAUAG